AUGGCUUCAAUAACUGCAAAGCAAUGUCCGCCGUGCCAGGCAAGAGCCGGACACAGUGAGAUCAACUAUGACCAAUCAGAAAUAGAGCCUAUAACCGACUGCUCUCCGGCUGUACCAGGAGACGAAUUAACGGUAAACCGGAAUCAGCGUGGCAUUGACCCUUGUCCCCAGGUUAAAGCAAACGCAGAUGGCAUGGCCCUUGACGGCACUGCAGUAGGAGCCCCAAAACGAGAUGAGAGGGCAUGUUACAUGCCGAAAGCCGACGAUUAUAUGCCCGCUAAAAAAGACCAUGCUAUGGGACCUAUCGGUCCUUGGGCUACUGGUAGGGUAGAUUGGGGUCCUUUGGCGGGAAUGACUGGAACUCGUCCAAUUGUGGAUCAGUAUUCCAUCACAAGAUAUAGCGAAGGCGAAUGGCGUCGACAUAACAAAGAUCUUUUGAAUAAAGGAGAUAGCGCAAUGCAAGAAACAUACAGAAAUUCGUAUAACUCGAAAAAUGCUAUGUCCGAAAUCUUUGCUAUUGCUGACAAAAAUGCAGCUGAUAACGCCAAUAGAAUGGUGAAUCGAACUCAAGAAUUAAACAGAUGGAAAACAGAAUUGGAACGAGCAAUAUUUGCAAUGAGUGAAGAAGUACAAGUACUAGAAGAGCAGAGACGAAGGUUGAAAGGUGCCGGAUCUGUACUUAAAAUACCAGAAUCUAUUGUAUCAGAAUGUAUCGAGCGAAGAUCCGGGCGCAUGGAACCAGAUUUGGUCCGCGAUAACGUUGAAGAGGAAUUAAUACGAGAAUUAGCUUUGAUAAAAGAAAUCAAUGACUUAUUUGAAAGAACUUUGAAAGAUGUCGAAAUGCAAUUAGUAGCUAAUAAAACUGCCAAAGCGAGACUCGAGUGCGAUUGGAGCGAUAAACAACAAUCUUUUGAAAUUGAUACUUUGAAUUGUAGUCUCACUAUUAAAAGUAACAUCAUACUGUUUAAGCCAGGUGCGACCAGACUUGGACCACAACAAUCGACUUUAGAACACUGGGAGCAUUUCACACGGGAGACCCUAAAUGAAGGAGAAGCAGUUCGACAACAAUCAGUAACUUUACGGGGUACACUUGACGCAAUUUUGAUGAAUGCUGCUCGAGAUCUUAGGGAACAAGCAGAUCGAGUUGAUCUAGCCUUUGCCGAACGUAUCAACUGUAAUGAAGAAUUUCGUUUGAGAUUGGAAAAUGAUUUGAAAACAUGUUUAGAUCGGUUAGCAAGUACAGAAACUUUAAUAGAGUGCUUAAAAGAUAGUUUGAGAAGAAAUGAUAACGCAAUGAAAGUUGCUCAAACUCGACUGGAUAAUAGGUUGCAAAGACCGCGUGUUGAAAAUUGUCGAGAUGGACCAUGUUUUGGCCUUAUAGAUGAAGUGAAAUCGCUAGCAGAUGGUGUAACAGCUCUUAAAGUUCAAUUGGCGGAAGCAGAGAAAUGCAAAGCGGAAGCACUUUUGGCCAGAAGUAAUUAUGAGCGGGAAAUAAUGAUAAAAAGAAAAACUUUACAAAUUGAUCGGGACAGGUGCCAAUGGAUGAGAUCUCAUUAUCCGUCCGCAGCAGCCUUGAGCGGACAUUGA